AUGGUCGAAAUCGACUGUCAUCGACGGAGGGGAACGAGAAAUACGCAUUCCCGUCCAAAAUCACGAAAUAGUGGUGUACAAUUGGUGAAGAAUCAAUGUGCUUCUGGACAAUACGGCGAAGAUGCUCAAUACAAGCCGAAAAUCAGCCCGCAUCACCGUGAACCCAAGAAAAACCACCGCACUCCAAGCAAGCAUCACAGGAAAGAGUACCGAGCACCGAGGAAUCUUCAUCGCCCCAGCUCAACGACUCCACAUAGCCGGCAUAGCAAGGGGAAACCCCGUCACCACAACAAGGAGCGGCCACGAUCUCGACCACAUGGAGAACGUCAUGGCCAUGGACAUCAUGAACAACCUCGAAAUGCCGCAGUUGGACAGUACAAGUCUCAUUCGCGCUCUCAUCCAUCUACUGCCCUGGCUCCUGUCACUCCAAGCACCCCGCCGACGAAAGGCACCGAUAUGGUGGAAAUGGAGCUGAUUUGCGGAAUCCGCACCAACACGUCAACGCCUACUGUCACAGGAGCAGAACAGCACCAACAGCAGCAUCCACCCGGCGCUCGUGGUAAUCACCAUUUUGUUGAAUUAGCUUCACCGGUGACUCCAGCAGGUGAGACGGCUGCCACCACUUCUACCCUAUCUGCAACGACAAUUGGAGUGACUUUUGGGCCCACGCCACUUCUUCCGCCGGGGCCCACCGGUGUUGCUUCGAAGCGAGAGCAGCAGGAGGACGAUCACACUGUCAAGGAACGCUCGAAGAGGACGGUCGUGGGUGAUGCGACUGAGGAGCAGAAACAACUCACCAAGCUGCGCAACUUUGUCGAGCACGCCAUCAAAUCCGGACUAGAUGGAAUGGAGAAGAGUUGGAGGGUGAUGGCCGACUAUUUACCCCCGGCCUCAACGCGAAUCGACUUUGACGAGAAUCCCGAGAAGAACCGCUUUCAAGACAUGGUUUGCGUCGAUCAGUCACGUGUUUUCUUGGAGGGUGCUGGUCCGGACUACAUUCACGCAUCGUGGGUGCCAAUUGGAGACAAGGACAAGAAAUGUAUCAUCACUCAGUUGCCACUUCCGAACACGACUGUCGACUUUUGGGAGAUGUGCAUGCAAAAUCGAGUACAGGGAAUCCUUCUCAUUCUCACGCAAUUUGAAUUCGAGAAAUUUGCGGCUCGUGCCUUUCUACCAGGACAAGGUGACUUCAUCCACUUCGAUAAUCACAUGAAGGUGGGCUGUUUGAAAGUGGUGGAAGUGUCGAAGAAUUGGAGCCUCCAUCUCAUCACCGUAAAGCAACGUGACCGGCAAAGAUACUUCCAUUUGCACCAUUACAAGGAUUGGCAGCACGGAAAGAAGCCGGGCAAUUUGGAUGAGAUCUGGCAAAUCGAGUCGGCUUUCCGGCGCUACAACACUUCUCCUCACGUCUACGUGAGUCUCAGUGGUUGUGGACGAGCCGGCACGUACGGAGCUUUUCAGUUGACCCAUCAGUACUUGCAUGAUUCAUCGGAUUCGUUGAAUGUGACAAAGUGUGUAAAGCUAGCUCGCAAUCAUCGCAUGCACGCAGUUCAAUCGGCCGCCCAAUACCAGUUCAUCUGUGUCGCUCUCCUCAAGCACAUCUUGGCCAUGAAGAAUAUUAGCAAGAUCAUCACCGACAAGGGAAAAUUCGACAAAACUCAACAAAUCGUUAAACGAUUCGCCGUGAAAGGCGAA